AUGUCGCGCCCUCGACGGUGUCCAGAGUGGGCAGGCGGUACGGGAAAAGUGGUGAUUUUGAGGUUAAGGGCCCUAGGAAGGGCAGGGAACGUGUCCUUUCCGACCGUGACGUCGAACACGCGAAGAAUCUGCUUUCUUUGGGCUGGGCCAAAAACGCGACCAACCUUCAACGCCGUUUCUUUCCCCAAUUCCACAUUGACACUGUCCGGCGGGCACUUCGUCGACACGGCCUGA